UUUCAAUGGAGCCUUCAGGCUCAUCAGCAGAGAGGAAGGAUAGCUUCUCAGCGCUUCCGAUUUUUGGAAUGGAGGAUUUUUUGAGAGAGAGCUUCGAUAUACAACCUAAAAAUUCAUCACAGGAAGCUCUAAGGAAAUGGAGAUCUGCAGUUUCUGUCGUUAAGAAUCGUCGGAGGAGGUUUCGUCAUACAGCAGAUCUUGAUAAAAGAGACGAAGCUGAAAAGAAGAAGCUCGGCAUCCAGGAAAAAAUAAGAGUUGCUCUGUAUGUUCAGAAAGCUGCUUUGCAAUUCAUUGAUGCUGGUAAUCAAGUGGAAUACGUGCCUUCAGAGGAGACUAGGAAAGCCGGUUAUGGUAUUGAACCAGAAGAACUUGCAUCUAUUGGUCACAGCCAUGAUUCCAAGCGCUUGAAGCUGCAUGGAGGUGUUGAUGGUAUCGCAAAAAAGAUCAAAGUCUCCCUUGAUAGAGGUGUUUGUUCAAGUGAACUACCUCUCAGGCAAAAAAUAUAUGGCUUCAACAGAUAUGUUGAGAAGCCUCCUAGAAGUUUCUGGAUGUUUGUGUGGGAUGCACUUCAAGACUUAACUCUAAUAAUCCUCAUGGUUUGUGCUGUAGUUUCGGUUGGUGUCGGCCUUGCCACUGAAGGGUGGCCAAAGGGUAUCUAUGAUGGGUUGGGAAUAAUAAUAAGUAUUUUCUUGGUAGUCAUGGUUACUGCAAUCAGUGACUACAAGCAAUCAUUGCAAUUCAAGGAUUUGGAUAAGGAGAAGAAAAAGAUUAAUGUUCAGGUCACCAGAGAUGGGUCUAGACAGAAGGUCUCUAUUUAUGAUUUGGUGGUUGGUGAUAUUGUUCAUCUAUCCAUAGGUGACCAAGUUCCGGCUGAUGGAAUUUUCAUAUCAGGUUACAGUUUGGAGAUUGAUGAGUCGAGUCUGUCAGGUGAACCUGAGCCAGUGCAUGCAAGCCCUGAGAAGCCUUUUCUUCUAUCGGGAACCAAAGUGCAAGAUGGGUCUGGUAAGGUGCUUGUGACAGCCGUUGGUAUGAGGACUGAAUGGGGAAGGUUGAUGGAGACUUUGAGUGAGGGUGGUGAAGAUGAGACACCAUUACAGGUGAAGCUGAAUGGUGUUGCUACUAUUAUUGGGAAGAUUGGUUUGGCUUUUGCUGUUCUGACAUUUUUGGUGUUGACUGCAAGGUUUCUAGUGGAGAAGGGACUGAACAAUGACUUGACAAAAUGGUCUUCAAGUGAUGCAUUGAAGCUUCUAGAUUUUUUUGCUACUGCAGUGACUAUAAUUGUUGUUGCAGUUCCAGAAGGCCUACCAUUGGCUGUUACACUGAGCCUUGCCUUUGCAAUGAAGAAAUUAAUGGAUGACAGGGCACUUGUGAGACAUCUAUCUGCAUGUGAGACAAUGGGUUCUGCUAGUUGCAUUUGCACAGAUAAAACAGGGACAUUGACAACCAACCAUAUGGUGGUUGAUAAGAUAUGGAUGGGUGACGAAACUAAAGUGAUAAAAGGUAAUGACAGUAUAGAUGCUGUGAAAUCAGCACUCUCUGAGGGAGUUGUGCAAAUCCUUUUACAGGCUAUAUUUCAGAAUACAAGUUCUGAGGUGGUGAGAGGAAAAGAUGGAAAGAAUCACAUUUUGGGUACUCCAACAGAAUCAGCAUUGUUAGAAUUUGGCCUGCUUAUGGGUGGUGAUUUUGAUGCCCAACGUGGAGAGUCUAAGAUUGUGAAGGUUGAGCCUUUCAAUUCAGUCAAGAAGAAGAUGUCCGUGCUUGUGGCUCUUUCAACUGGUGGAUUCCGUCUGUUCUGCAAAGGUGCAUCUGAAAUCAUCUUAGGCAUGUGUGACAAGAUUGUUGAUAACAAAGGAGAAGCUGUGCCUCUUUCAGAAGAACGGAUUAUAAGUGUUAUGGGCAUCAUAAAUGGAUUUGCCUGUGAAGCUUUGAGAACCCUUUGUUUGGCUUACAAGGACACGGAUGAGAGUCUCAAUGGAGACUUACCUGCUGAUGGCUAUACACUGAUAGUGGUUGUUGGAAUCAAGGAUCCAGUGCGCCCUGGUGUGAGGGAGGCAGUACAGACUUGUUUAGCUGCUGGGAUAACAGUGCGGAUGGUCACAGGUGACAAUAUUAAUACUGCAAAAGCUAUUGCAAAAGAAUGUGGAAUAUUGACCGAUGAUGGUUUGGCUAUAGAAGGACCGGACUUUCGUAGUAAGAGUCCAGAGGAGAUGAAGAAGUUAAUACCGAGAAUCCAGGUAAUGGCUCGAUCAUUGCCUUUGGACAAGCACACUUUAGUCACCAGGUUGAGGACUAUGUUCGGUGAAGUUGUUGCCGUAACAGGUGAUGGGACCAAUGAUGCUCCAGCUUUGCAUGAGUCGGACAUUGGACUUGCCAUGGGUAUAGCAGGAACAGAGGUUGCAAAAGAGAAUGCUGAUGUCAUCAUUAUGGAUGAUAAUUUUAAAACAAUUGUGAAUGUUGCCAGAUGGGGCCGUGCUGUUUACAUAAACAUUCAAAAGUUUGUUCAGUUCCAACUAACAGUUAAUGUUGUUGCUCUUAUGAUCAAUUUUGUUUCUGCAUGCAUUACAGGAUCUGCUCCUCUAACUGCUGUCCAGUUGCUAUGGGUCAACAUGAUUAUGGAUACCCUUGGUGCAUUGGCUCUGGCUACAGAACCUCCAAAUGACGGACUAAUGAAUAGACCUCCAGUUGGAAGAGGUGUAAAUUUCAUUACCAGAAUCAUGUGGAAGAAUAUAAUUGGACAGAGUAUCUAUCAACUGGCUGUACUUGGUGUUCUUGAAUUUGAUGGCAAGAAGCUUUUGAGACUUACGGGUUCAGAUGCUACUGCUGUUCUCAAUACUUUUAUAUUCAAUACCUUUGUGUUUUGCCAGGUAUUCAAUGAAAUUAACAGCCGUGAUAUGGAGAGGAUAAAUGUCUUCCGUGGAAUGUUUAACAGCUGGGUGUUUGUAGCUGUGAUGGUCGCCACAGUGGCCUUCCAAAUAAUAAUAGUAGAGUUUCUGGGCACUUUUGCUAGCACUGUGCCUCUAAGUUGGCAAUUAUGGUUGCUCAGCAUUCUAAUUGGAUUUGUAAGCAUGAUUGUGGCUGUUAUCCUAAAGUGCAUUCCUGUUGAACCCGGUAAGCGUAAUUCCCAUGAUGGUUAUGAGGCACUUCCCAGUGGUCCAGAAUUGGCAUGAAAGGGAAUGAUGGUAGGUGAUACUGUUUUGGACAUUGUUGCAAUAUUCGUAACUCCACCAGGUAAGUUAAUGUCUUAACACCAUUUGAAUGCUAGCCUUUGGGUAAGA